AGUCAAGUUCCCAAAGACCACUUAUAAAUUGAUCUUUGCUUUAGUUGCACUGUUCAGUCCACAGGUGCUUCAACCAGAUGAUGGGUCAAAACUUCUUCCAAAUUAUGAUAAGAAUAAUUACAGGAGUCCUGGUCUCAUUAGCCUUCUCAUCUGGGAUGACUAUCGACCAAAGGGGGUUCCUAGUACCUCCACCCCGUGGCUCUCCUGAUAGCCCCAUUCCUCCUGAUGACUACUUUGAUGACUCUGCUGCAAUUAACAACCACAUACCUAUAUUUGCCUAUGAUAAUUACCCUAUAGCAAAAGGAGGCAAUCCCAUAGCCAGAGGAGAUCAGAUUAUGCAAUAUGACGACUCAUUAAAUGGAUAUCCUUUACCCAUGUUACCAAUCCCGCCUGAUAGGUAUCCCAUUCUAUCAAAACCUCCGUUUGGGAACACAACUCAAGGAUCUCGCACAGUGCCUAUGGGACAAAAGCCCGACCUUUCGUACUGUGACAUGCUGCUUGAGGCACCAGUGCCUCCACCUGUAGAUCAAACACCCUGGUUCUGUGUUUGCUCACAUUGUAAAGGGGGUCCCAGUGGUCCAAAGGGGGACAAAGGAGAUAGGGGACUGCAAGGUCUUCCCGGUAGUCCAGGAUUAAGAGGCUUGCCAGGAUUUCAAGGUCGUCCAGGGUUUAAUGGUCAUAAGGGACCAAAGGGCCAAAUAGGUGAUAUUGGUGAAAAGGGAGAUCUGGGUCCAUUUGGCUUUACAGGACUCAAAGGACAGAGAAGCCCCAAGGGUGAUAAAGGGGACAGUGGUGUGGAUGGAAAUCCAGGACAGCAGGGCUCACCUGGUGAGUCAGGACAGUGCCCAACAAUUUGUUACUCAAUCCAGGGACCUCCAGGAGAACUUGGCCAACCUGGUAUGACAGGGGAAAAGGGACUUCCAGGGUUGGGAGGAAGUCCAGGGUCGAAGGGCCAGAAAGGGGAUUUGGGGGAUGUUGGUCCAUAUGGAGCUCCAGGUUUAAAUGGCCAGAAAGGAGAUCAGGGAGAAACGGGUGAGUGUCACUGCAAGGAUGGGGUAGACGGUGCAAAUGGAAUGAUCGGAAUUCCAGGACUAAAAGGUGGCAAAGGGGACACUGGCCAACAAGGUGCAGCAGGGGUAAAUGGAGACAAGGGGAAAAAAGGGGAUCCUGGGGUAAUGGGUGCUCCUGGCCCUUGCUCUCAACCAAUUCAGUCUGCUUUUUUAGCAGCACUAAGCAGCAGUUACCCACAGCCAAAUUUGCCAGUUCCUUUUACUAAUGUCUUUUACAACAGAGAAUUUAAUUUUGACCCAUUUAGAGGCAUCUACAGGGCUCCCAUCAAUGGUACCUAUGUCAUUAACUACUACUUGGUUGUCUUCAGUAAACUGCUCAAAGUGGGGCUCUUCCACAACUUCAGACCUGUCCUCAAAAGUAUAGGGUCAACAGAUCUUGGAACAACUUCUCAACAGGUGGUCCUGCAUCUUAACAUGGGUGAUGAAGUUUGGCUACAGGUGAGAGAUGCCGAUUCCAACGGGAUGUAUUCCAAUAGUGAGUGCAGCAGUACCUUCUCUGGCUUCCUGCUCUACGCAGACAGCUGUGAUAUUCCAAUGUCACGGGAUUUACCAGAUCCUAUAACCGGAACAUACAGCUGGGGUGAAUUAGAGGAACCUACUACCACUCUUGCUCCAGAUGUCCAGUCUUGAUGUAACCUAAGCCCAAACACC